AUCAGUGAUAAUCAUGUCCAGAGACGAACAUGAACACGAACAAGAAGAACGUAAUCCUACAACACGUUUACCAUCACCCAUUCGGAAAUCGGUGUCAAAAUAUGUUAAAUGUGGAUUAUCACAAACAUCAUUAGUUCAAAUAUGA